UAUAGACAGUGAUAACAGUAUUUUAUCGACUAUACCAGCAAGUACACAUAUAGAAAUAGAUAUUUAUCAACAAAAAAUUGACAACCUUAUGGAACAUGCAAUCAAUCUGCCAGAUCCAAUACUUACUAUAUUUAUAACUAUAAUUAAGAAACUUGCUCAAGAGCAAUAUACUCAACUACAAUAUUUAGAAAUGUGGAGCAAUUUAUUAAAUAUAGUUAAAAAUAUGGACAAUAGUGAAUUAAAUCUUGUAGUAUUAUUAAUAAAUCUUAUGAAACAUAAGAACAGUCCUAAAGCUGGCAAGAUUUUUUCAAAAUAUUUGCAACAAAAGGCUUAUAAUUUCAUUUUUGUUUGGAUAGAA